CCGACACCGCCCGCCGCCCCCCCCCCCCCAGCCCCACGCCCACAUCCCCCUCCACCCGCUCGUGGUUUGCUUGCCUCCCCCUCACAAUCACAUUCUCAGCUCGAAAGUAAAUAUCUUCUGAAACUCUUGUCUAGUUGCUUCAAAUAUUGUUUUGUGAUAGAAAGAAAAAAUAGAAUUUUCUGUAGAAACAAGAUAAGCCACCCUUAUCUAAUCAUGAAAAUAUUGACGCAUUAAAAUAUGAUUCAAUGAUAACAACGCAUGAAGUCAAUGACAACAACCGACAGUAUCAACACGCGAAGACAAUUGAAACGUGCUUUUUUUCAGUUUCACUGAUAGAGAUAACAUCGGAAGUGCGAACUCACUUGUCCAAAAGUGAUACGUAGCUAACUAGAUACCGCAUUCUUCAACAAAAAUUAACAAGACACAUCGUAUGUCCACACAAGAUUCUCAGCAACGUAUUUUAGAAAAUUUUAUAAUAAUUUGGUUAGAUCCAAAUACCAGUGAAUCUGAUGUAUAUUCGCAAAAUAUAAUCAGCCAACUUCGAUGUGUAAGUAAUUGGAUCGAAACAUUUGUUGAUCCCAAUCGAUGCAUUGAUUAUCUCACGAACAUCGAAAACGAAAAAGCCUUUAUAAUCGUUUCCGAUAAUUUCAGUCAACAACUAGUUCCUCUUAUCUUAGACAUACCUGAACUUUUUGCCCUUUAUGUAUUUUGUCGUGAAAAUCAAAUACACGAUCGAUGGAUUAAAGAUCAUCACAAAGUGAAAGGUGUAUUCUCUCAAAUGGAACUAUUAUGCAAUGUGCUCAAACGAGACAUGCAACAAGCUGAUUUAAAUUUGGUUUCGAUCAGUUUCGCUUCUGAAACAUCUUCUAUUGACAUAAAUAAUCUUGAUCAAUCAUUUAUGUACUCACAAUUAUUGAAAGAAAUUCUUCUCAAGAUGGAAUAUAAUGAAACGGCAAAGACAGAAUUUGUUGAAUUUUGUCUAAUACAGCAGGUUGAAAACGAGUCAGCUAUUAGUAUAAUCGAUGAAUUUGAACAAAAAUAUGACCAACCAUCACCAAUCUGGUGGCAACAAUCGGAAUUUGCCGAUAAUGCAAUUAACAGUGCAUUAUUUAACUAUAUUAUCAGUGUAAUUAUGGCUAAAAGGCGUGAUGGUAACGCGUCUCUGUUACAUCUCGAAAAGGUUUCUCAAGUAUGUCAAAACGUUCCAAUUGAUCAUCCAGCACUAGCUGGACAUUACGUUCAUCUGAUACCACCACCACGUGCAAGCUCCAUUGACAUUCAUCCCAAUGCAACAUGGUCAAAGAAUGGUAUCACUGUUGCUGGAGGAAAUGGAUAUGGCAGUGCAACCAAUCAAUUCUAUAACCCAUGGGGUUUGUACGUCGACGACGAUCUAACGAUUUAUGUCGCUGAUGUUUUAAAUCAUCGUAUUGUAGAAUGGAAAUCUGGUGCAACGAAUGGCACAGUAGUUGCUGGUGGAAAUGGACAAGGAAAUGGAACUCAUCAAUUAAAUUGCCCACGAGAUGUGAUUAUCGACAAAGAGAGCGAUAGUCUCAUCAUUAGCGAUACAGGGAAUGGCAGAGUAGUUCGAUGGCCUCGUCGAAAUGGUACUUGUGGAGAAACCAUUAUUUCAAAUAUCGGUUGCUGGAGUUUGACAAUGGACGACAAUGGUUUUCUCUAUGUUGUAAACAGUGGAAAACAUGAAGUAAGACGAUAUAAAAUGGGUGAUACUCAAGGAACAGUAGUUGCAGGUGGCAAUGGACAAGGAAAUCGUCUCGAUCAACUCUCUUAUCCCACCUACGUCUUUGUCGUCGAUCGAGAACAUUCAGUUUAUGUGUCUGAUCGUGACAAUGAUCGUGUCAUGAAAUGGGAAGAAGGUGCAAAACAAGGCAUUGUCGUAGCCGGUGGUCAAGGAAAAGGAAAUAGUCUUACACAGUUGGAUCAUCCUUUUGGAGUCGUUGUCGAUCAAUUGGGUACUGUCUAUGUGGCUGAUUUUGCGAAUCAUCGAAUCAUGCGUUGGCCAAAAGGAGCCACACAAGGAAGUGUCAUUGUUGAUGGAAACAGUAUAUGGUGGAAGUCGAAUCAACUCUCUCUUCCCAUAGGUUUAUCAUUCGAUCGACAUGAUAAUCUCUAUGUCGCCGAUUACGGAAAUGCUCGAGUACAAAAAUUUAAUAUUGCAUAG